AUGUUCGGCUUACUUGACCAACAUGGGAAGCCGGUGCCAUCAUAUACCGGUACUUCCGACACCAGGGAAUUUUCUGUGCAUAAAGGUCAUGGGUUUGGCGGAUUUAUGAAAAGGGUUCAAUUGGAGGAAUCCGAGCAUCUCAAGGAUGAUUCCUUCACGGUCAAGGUCGAUGUCACUAUCAUGAGCGAGUUCCAUACGCAGGAGACGCCAUCUAUCCUGGUGCCACCUUCUGAUUUGCACCGGCACUUAGGGGUUCUUCUGUCGAGCAAGGCAGGCGUCAAUGUCAAAUUCCAAGUUGGUGGGGAGACAUUCUCGGCGCACCGAUUGGUGCUUGCGGCACGGUCUCCUGUCUUUAGAGCAGAGUUCUUUGGCCAGACGAGGGAGGGAACCACCACUGAGGCCAUACGCGUACAUGACAUGGAGGCACCAGUGUUCAGUGCUCUGCUUACUUUCAUGUACACGGAUGCAUUGCCGGAUAUGAAGCAAGAAGAAGAAUAUGCCUUGGCUCAGCAUCUGCUUGUUGCGGUAGACAAGUACAACCUGGAGAGGCUGAAGCUUAUUUGUGAAGAUAAGCUGUGCAAUCGUAUCGAUACGAGCUCCGUGGUGACUAUCUUGGCAUUGGCCGAGCAGCAUCAGUGCCAUGAGCUUAAGGCAGCAUGCUUGGUGUUCCUCAGCUCGCCGACGAAUCUGGGUGCGGCCAUGGAGUCUGAAGGUUUCGAGUUUUUAACCAAGAGCUGCUCUGGUGUUAUUAAGGAUCUCCUCAAGUCCCAGGUUGCUGCUAGUAUACUUUGGAAAAGAAAAUCUAGGUCUUGA